GGCCUGAGGCCUGUCCCGCUCGACAGAAAGUCGUGUUUCACUCGUACAUACUGUAGCCAUCACCCAUGUCGCCGUGCACCGGAACCCGUGACGAUCGACGCCUUGUUGCGCCGCAACCGUUGAAGCAACACCACCAACACCAGCAAUCCCUCACCCGCACCGCCGUCGCUCUCAUUGCUUGGACCUCGUUCCUCUCUUCGCUUGUCGCCUGGGCCGUCAGCAUCCACCAUCUAUUUCGUCACGCCGUUUUGUAGUCGCCAUGUCCGACUCGCUCAUCCCGGACUCGCAGGUCGACAAUGAGAUAGCCUACCUUCGCGAGCAAAUCCAAUCGCUCGAGAGACGCCGCUCUGCUCUGUCCUCCACCUUACUCUCUUCGCGACAUACUUUGACGCGCAUCCAACGCGCUAAAGCCAAAGCUACCUCAACCGCGUCGCCAGCUGCGACAGCCUUGGACGUUGUCCAAAAACAACAAAAGCAUAAUCUUGAGAACCUACACCGCACAUGCGCUGGUAUCACAGCAUUCCGCGUAAAGGACCCAGACCCUCAUGCCCUCGACGAUGGGAAGGUGCUGGGUGUGCGCAUAGACAUCUCUAUCGAAGGACGCUUUGUCACUCCAUACUACCUGCUGCUCAACCGUCCUCAACCUAGCAGCGAGGCUCUGCGGAUCCAUAAACAUACAAUCCCGCCUUCCAUUCCACUGCAGUCCUUGGCGGCCAAGUACCUCCCACAGCCGACACCAGCACCGGCAGAUGGCGCACCGGCUAAGCCGAAUCGCGCUCAAAACCUCCAUCGUCUAGUCCGUGAGUUACACAAAGAACUAGUGUCUCACCAUCUGCGACUGAAUGCAGUGUCACAACUGCGGAAAGACGCAGGGUUACCUGAAGAUACUACUGACGACGCGGCUGGAAGAAAAAGAGCCGGAAAGUUCGGCAUCGCAAACAUCAAAGCCUUGGAUGUCGGGGCUGAAGAAGUCGAAAUUACUUGGGCUGACAAGAGCACAGCUCGAGUUCGUGUGACAAAGAAUGGUGCAAUUGAAAAAGUGGUGGUGAGGACGCCGGAUGGUGCAUCGCGGAAAAGAGACGUCGAGAGGCGGAUUUCUGGGGAGGACGGCCGCGUCGAAGGUAUUGUUCAACGCCUGGCAAAGCAGUAAGUAGCACACAGGAGCAGGACUUCUCUUCGGAUUCUCCUUGAGUAAAAGAAAGAAAAACGAAAAGAACUGUAGGUUAUAAGCCAUAAAAAUGUACAACCACCAAGUCCACAAUGUAAAAAAUCUAAUUCCUCAUUCCAACAUCCAAAACACCUCAGCUCCAACCCCAGAAACCGUGAAAACCAACCCCAUCACCACCCACUUCUUCAAGCCAGGUAGACAAGCAAAACCGCAUCACAACCACCCACCAACCCACAACCACAACCCUGAACCAGUCUUCCCUCCUCCCUUACCGACCCAACAAGCCAAGCAUGAAA